AUGAUUAUGGAUCGCGUAGAUAGUAAACAGCCGCACGUACAGCUGUGAGCCUUUAUCUAGUCAGUUGGAGAUAAAUGAGUAUUAUCACGGAAAGCGUGUCAAAAUGAAGAUUGAUCGCUGAAGCGUCAAUUAAACUCUUAAGAGAGAUCGAGGCUGGCGGAAAGCAAUUAUGCCUCGGAAAUUCUCUUGUGACAGCUCGAUGAAAUAGCGGGCGCCUCCUAGGUUAUGUUGUUCCGUCAAAGUGUUCGUAGCCUAUCGACGAAGGACUCGUCGACCGCCACGUAGAGAAGAGUACGAGACUGUAUGAUAUAACAUGGGCGACGAUAUCGGCGAUAACAUAUUGAUCCCGCAGGUCGACAAUGUCGUGUUGAUCGACAGGAGCGAUGGCAGUAACAAGAGCAUGGAUGGGACAUUAUGCAUCAGUAGUCAUAAUCUCAUUUUAUAUUCCAGACAGGACGACGGACAGGAGCUCUGGUUGAUGAACCGCAAUAUCGAUGUCGUAGAAAAGAAACUGAACACUCAGAGUCCAGGUGGUAGUAUAAUAUUGAAAUGCAAGGACUUUCAGAUUCUUCAGUUGGAUAUUGCUUCCACUAAUGAUUUAAUCAAUGCCAUAUUAUCUAUAGAAAAACUGAUAUCAUUAGAUCAGAUUCUGCAAUAUCCAUUCUUCUUUCGACCGCGGACAACCAACAACGCCAUGGUGCAAAUAGAGGAUGGAUGGACGGCGUUCGCGCCUGUCUCCGAGUGGUCCAGAUUAUUGGCAGCACACGGGGACGAAUGGCGCAUUAGUUACUUAAAUAGAGACUACAAGGUAUGCAAUUCAUAUCCAUCCGCUGUCAUAGUGCCACGUCAGAUGGAUGACAAAGUUAUUAUAGCUUCCGCUGGCUUUAGAGAUGGCGGAAGGUUUCCUGUUUUGUGCUACAGACAUGAGGGAGGAAGUAUACUGUUGAGAAGCAGUCAACCUUUAUGCGGUGCUACUGGUAAGAGAUGUAAGGAAGAUGAAAGACUUUUGAAUGCUGUUUUAGGUCCUGGAAGACGUGGUUACAUAGUGGAUACAAGAUCCAUUAGUCAGGCGCAGAGUGCAAGAGCCCGAGGUGGAGGCACGGAAAUGGACGCUGCUUAUCCACAAUGGCGAAAAGUACAUAAACCAGUUCCUCGACCACACGAUUUAGCGGAUAGUUUCUACAAGUUAAUAGAAGCUUGCAACGAUGUGAAUAGUUCCACUUCGCAGUGGCUGUCGCGAUUGGAUAGCAGUGGUUGGCUAACUGCUGUACAAAGUGCUUUAAACGCAGCUUGCGUCACUGCGCAAUGCUUGCAUCAAGAAGUCGCGGCUGUGCUAGUGCAUGGCAGCACAGGUAGAGAUUCUACGUUAGUGGUAACUAGUUUGGCUCAGGCGAUACUGAAUCCUGAUUGUCGGACGGUACGAGGACUUCAGGCGCUCAUAGAACGAGAAUGGUUGCAAGCGGGCCAUCAGUUUUUCAGCCGAACCCGUUGUGGAGCGUAUCAGUCCUCAAACUCGCAAAAUCCAACGCACGCGCCGACCUUCUUGCUCUUCCUCGAUUGCCUGUACCAAUUGCAUCAUCAAUUCCAAUUCAGUUUCGAGUACACAGUAGAUCUACUUAUCAAAUUGUACAAGCACGCUUAUUUCUCAGAAUAUGGUACAUUUUUAGGUGAUUCGGAAGCAGAGAGAAUAAAACUACGUUUAUCAGAACGAACUUACAGCUUGUGGUCGUAUAUGAAUCAACCAGACGUUUUAGAACAGUGGAUAAAUCCGUUGUACGAACCGAAUCCUGGAGUGAUCUGGCCCAGCGUCGCCCCAAUCAGUAUUAAAUUAUGGAGAGAACUAUAUCUCGCGCAUACGAGCGCAGCUUCGUGGGACGGUAUGCUUUCCUACGCUAAGCAGAUCAAACAGAAUCACACGGCAGUGCGCAAAGUGGCCGGACAAUUGCACGCGCAGAUCAAGCAAGCGUUGGAGGAGAUUCGAUCGAAUCCGGAUAUGUCGCGAGGGGACGCGGACGGUCAGGAGGAGCACCCUCGUAUUGCGCAAUUGAGUCUAGAGUCUCAAAGCACUUGAUAUAGAUUUGUAGAAACCUGGAAAAUCUAAGUCUGCGCUGCUGUUCAACAAUCUUGUCAAUAUGCCUUCGAUUAUACAAUAUCACGUUAGCACAUAAGGAUCAAUGGUCUCUGCAAAUAGCCUGCCACGAAUGCCGAAGCCUUCGUAACAAUGAAUUCUCGAUUAAUCCUUUUUCUUAAUCUCUCUCUGAUUAAAAAAAAAAUACAUCUAUUCGUCUAUAUAAAAAAUGGCUCUACAGUUUUAUAAAGCGGAUUAUCUCUGUUGAUAUAUAAAAGUCAAUCUUGUAUAUACGUCUAUAUGUGUGCAAAAGAUAUUUCCCAUAAUCGACAUUACGUGUACAUCACAUUACGAUAUACGCCUGUAUAGUUAAAUUUGCAUCACUAAAAACGUGUUCUAUGUAAACGAUUCAAACAAGACGAGAGAUGAAUUGUGAUAUUUUUUAUUUUACAAAACGCAUAAUUUGUAAUAGUUCUAGCAAUGUAUUACACAAUGUAUAUAUUACAUAUAAUAAUUUAUCAAUUUAUUAUAUAUAAUAUAUACGUAUCAUUUUUUUCUCUCUAUAUAUACAUGUAUAAUUUAUUUAUCCAAAGGUAAUAUAAGCAAAUAAAAAUGGA